UGUCGUUGGAAGAAUUGUGAUAUAUCGUUAAAAUCAACUGAUUUAAUGAACCAUAUUCGACAAAAACAUGUGGAUACUCAGUCAAAUCGCGAAAGUUUUGUGUGUUUGUGGGAUGGUUGUAAAGUGUACGAUAAAGCGUCCAAAUCUAUAACAUGGCUUGAGCGCCAUAUUGUAUGCCAUAGUGGUGAUAAACCAUUCAAAUGUAUUGUGGAUAAAUGUAAUUUGCGGUUCACAAACCGGACAGGAUUAGAAAGGCAUGUGAACCGCCAUUUUAACAGUAUAUCUUCUCAGCAAAAAGUUGUUAAAUCAGGUGAUAGUACUCCUACUAAGUUGUUAAAAAAACGCAAAUUAAAACGAAGACGUCCUGCAGGAGUGCGAGUGGGAGAUUUUUUUGAUAGCGGAAUAAUGGACAUGUUACAUCAACAAAUACAAGAUAUAACAGAUAGAUGUUCUAUAGAUGUUACAGGAUCACCACACUCUCUUACAUUCCAUAGUUCAAUUAUUGCAAGAAAAACUGAUGAUUCAGGGAAAACUCAUCUUUUAUUACAAUGGAAACCUUCAAACAUAUUGCCUGAUGUCUGGGUGACAGAAGAUGAAGCUAUGGAGUUGAAAAAAAAAGUCAUUCCGAUCACCCAACUACCUCCCAAUACUGCUGUUAAUAUCCAUCCGUCAUCAUAUCGU